AUGAUAUUACUAAGUAGAAAACCAGAUAAAUAUUAUUUAAAAUUACUAGAAGAUUUUGAAAAUGGUGAUUUAAGAUUAGAAUGUUUUGAAAUACCUUUUUUAACGGAAGAUAAAUCCAUUAAUACAAAUAUAAGUGGAAAGAUACAUUUUGUUGUUCGAAAUCAAAAAAUAGAUUAUUUACCACUGAGAAGGCAUACUGAUAGCGGUAAAAUUUGGAAACCAGUAGGUAUGCCACAGAAAUUCAAAGAUAACAGUACAAACACAGUGAAAUCAACAAAAAUAAUAUUUUCACUGCAAGAUGAUGCCGAUUUUACUUGUUGGGAAUACGCAAUGAUUACUCCAAAUGGUGAUGUCAAUAGUCACCUAUUACUACGUCAUUAUCUAAGAAAGAAUACAAAUCCUGCAUGA